GACAGCAUCAGCUCACCUCAGUAUUAAAAUCUCCGCCCCGGUGUCCCCACGGCUCUGCUCGCCUCGCCAGUCGCCACCACUCCGCCACUCCCCUCCCGCUCUCCCUCCCCACCCCCGCAUCCGGAUCUCACCGCGCGUCGCCAUGGGCGUCGCCACCAACGGCUCGGUCGCCCCGGCGGCGCAGGCGCUCAAGUUCCUCAUCUACGGCCGCACGGGCUGGAUCGGGGGCCUGCUGGGCCAGCUCUGCGCCGCGCGCGGGAUCCCCUUCGCCUACGGCGCCGGCCGGCUCGAGAACCGCGCCCAGCUCGAGGCCGACAUCGACGCCGCCGAGCCCACGCACGUGUUCAACGCCGCGGGCGUCACGGGCCGCCCCAACGUCGACUGGUGCGAGACGCACCGCGCCGAGACCGUCCGCGCCAACGUCGCCGGCACGCUCACGCUCGCCGACGUCUGCCGCGGACGCGGACUCGUGCUAAUCAACUACGCCACCGGGUGCAUCUUCGAGUACGACGAGGGCCACCCGCUCGGCUCCGGGGUCGGGUUCAAGGAGGAGGACACGCCCAACUUCUUCGGAUCGUUCUACUCCAAAACCAAGGCCAUGGUUGAGGAACUGCUCAAGAACUACGAGAAUGUGUGCACCCUUCGUGUAAGGAUGCCUAUUUCAUCUGAUCUGUCCAAUCCUCGCAAUUUCAUCACCAAAAUCACUCGGUAUGAUAAGGUUGUCAAUAUCCCGAAUUCAAUGACAAUACUGGAUGAACUUUUACCCAUCUCUAUCGAGAUGGCAAAGAGAAACCUCACUGGAAUCUGGAAUUUUACUAAUCCUGGUGUGGUGAGCCACAAUGAGAUACUAGAGAUGUACAGAGAUUACAUCGAUCCAACCUUCUCCUGGAAAAACUUCAACUUGGAGGAGCAAGCCAAGGUCAUUGUUGCACCGAGGAGCAACAAUGAGCUUGAUUGUACUAAAUUGAAGAGUGAGUUCCCGGAGCUUUUGUCAAUCAAGGAGUCGCUGAUAAAAUAUGUUUUCGAACCAAACCAGAAGACAGCCAAGGCUUGAGAAAGGGAACAACCUGCGCACAACCUUGUUCAUGCAAUUUCUUCCAUCUGAAUUGAUAUUGUUCUCCGGUGAUCAUCAAUAAGCAUGCGUGCUCUUUCAUGCUGUCCAAUCUCUUGUGCAUUGUUCUUGAAGCAGAUAGUUUCUCAUAGGAAGUAAUGUCAUACUCCUUAUCAGAUUAUUACAUGGAACGAGACAAGGUGUAAUUUAGAUCAAUUGUUGUAUGCCCCCCCUGGUCCUAUCAAUACACAAUGGGAAUGAAUCGAGGAACUUCCUCUGUUGUAUCACAUAAUGUCCUUACAUGAUAUUUAUUUUGUAAGCUCAUUCGGA